AUGGCCGGAAACCCUUUGAAAUGCAACCAGAACCUUUAUUGCCAAUAUCAUCAGGACCAGGGGCAUACUACGGAAGACUGCAGGAAUCUGUGGGACCAUUUAGCCCAGCUGGUCCGAGAAGGGAAGUUGAAGCAGUUGCUGCACGAUUCUAGUGGCCAAGCGGGGCAGACAGGUUUGGAUCCUCGGAGAGAUUCUUCUUCAAGACCUCCUCUGGGAACAAUCAAUGUCAUCUUCGUUGCCCCCGGUAGGACCGAUUCCUGUCCCUCUCGAGUAAUGUCUGUGGCUCGGCUAUCAACCGAAGACAGCAAUUCAGAACCAAAAAGAGCCAGAAUAAAGGCUCGAUUAGUCCUGGGCUUCUCGGCCAAUGAUAAGAUCGGAACUAUCCAAUCCUAUAACGAUGCUUUGGUGGUCACACUCAGGAUAGGAGGGUACAAUGUGAAAAGACUGUUGGUAGAUCAGGGAAGUGCUAUCAAAAUAAUGUACCUCGAUCUAUACAAGGGACUGAAUUUGAAACCCGAGGACCUAACAACGUACGACUCCCCACUAACUGGUUCAGAUGUUGUGGAAGUAGACUUCAUUGUGGUGGAUGCUUAUUCACCUUAUAUGGCUAUUAUGGCCAGGCCUUGGCUUCAUGCUUUAGAAGCCGUUUCUUCUACCCUCCACCAGAAGGUGAAGUAUCCGUCCAACGGCCAAGUUAAAGAGAUUGUAGGGAAUCAAUCCAUGGCUAGGUAG